UUUCAGUCUGACGCUGCUCUGUCAAAAAAAACAGAGUAGACUCCCAUCUCUUCUCCUGGAUGAAAUGUCUCCGUAUCCGAGAGGCACAUGAGUCAUUGAGCCGAGUCUAAACCCCUUGUAUUUCUACACUGCUCUGAGACUGGAGGACAGGAGAUGAGAGUCUGCGGGGCUCCACCACACCAUGAGUCUCCCGGGUCUGGGAGGACCUGUAGGGGAUUCCCUGGGCUCUAGCCUGACGGGGCGUAUGAGCGGCUGGAGUUCUCUCUCUCUGAAGCCAGUUUCCUCCGGGCGGAUCGCCUCUGUAUUCCAGACCAUGGUUCCCACGGGUUACACCAAGCUACAGGAUGAGCGUCUCUCCAUGGUGGACCUCAGCGCCAAACCUGACGUCGCAUCGCUCCAGAACGGCUACAGACAAGAGACGACACACAUAGAAGGCCGGCGGAUUCUGGACCGGGCCUCUCGCUCCUCUGUGACUUUAUCUGACUGUGGAGAUGGAGGCUACUCUGAAACGGAGCCCAUGCUGGCUGAGAGGAGGCACUCUGGAGAGGAGGCAGAUGAAGAGGAGGAGGAGGAAGAGGAUGAGGAGGCAGGUCCGGGAUCUGUCGUGCACAAAAUGCCCAAGGAGUCUCUGCUGGCCAUGGCGCUGCAGAUCCUGCUGCCUUUCCUGCUCGCUGGGUUUGGAACUGUGUGUGCUGGCAUGGUGCUGGAUAUUGUGCAGCACUGGGAGGCGUUCCAGUACAUCACGGAGAUCUUCAUCCUGGUACCGGCUCUCCUCGGCCUGAAGGGGAACCUGGAGAUGACUCUGGCCUCAAGGCUGUCCACAGCGGUGAAUGUGGGCAAGAUGGAUUCCCCCAUAGAGAAGUGGAAUCUAAUCAUAGGCAACCUGGCCCUGAAGCAGGUCCAGGCCACGGUGGUGGGCUUCCUGGCUGCCGUCGCUGCCGUGACCCUCGGCUGGAUCCCAGAGGGGAAGUUCCAGAUGAGCCACGCGGUGCUGCUGUGCUCCAGCAGCGUGGCCACGGCCUUUAUAGCCUCCAUGCUGCAGGGUUUCAUCAUGGUCGGGGUCAUUGUGGGUUCCAAGAAGACGGGCAUCAACCCAGACAACGUCGCCACCCCCAUCGCCGCCAGCUUUGGUGACCUCAUAACUCUGGCGAUCCUGGCCUGGAUCAGCCAGGGCCUCUACAAGUGCCUGGAUACGUACCCGUAUGUGUCGUCGCUGGUCUGCGCCUUCUUCAUGUGUCUGACUCCUCUGUGGAUGGUCAUCUCCUCCAAACACCCGGCCAGCCGCACCCUGCUGUACUCCGGAUGGGAGCCAGUCAUCACUGCCAUGGUCAUUAGCAGCAUCGGAGGGCUGAUCCUGGACAAAACGGUGUCCGACCCAAAUCUGGCUGGCAUCGUGGUUUACACCCCGGUUAUCAACGGAAUCGGGGGGAACCUGGUAGCGAUCCAGGCCAGCAGGUUCUCCACUCACCUGCACUUCCACUGUGCUCCUGGAGAGGUUCCUGAAGAGGCCAAGGGCUGCUACUACCCCUGCCGCACCUUCUGGGGAAAAGGAGCCAAUCACCGCUCUGCUCAGGUGCUGCUCCUAUUGGUGGUCCCGGGUCACCUGAUCUUCCUCUACACCAUCCACCUGAUGAAGAGCGGACACACCACGCUGACGCCCAUCUUCAUGUCCGUCUACCUGGCUGCUGCUCUGCUGCAGGUGUUGCUGUUGUUGUGCAUAGCGGACUGGAUGGUGCACUCCAUGUGGCGCAGCGGCAAAGACCCCGACAGCUUCUCCAUCCCCUACCUGACGGCUCUGGGGGACUUGCUGGGCACUGCGCUGCUGGCCCUCAGCUUCCACUUCCUGUGGGUCAUAGGAGACCAGGACAGCGACGUGGGCGACUGAGGAGGCGACUGAGGAGGCGACUGAGGAGACGACAAGGAGACGAAAAGGCAUCGGAGGUGACGGGCAGACACUGACGGCCAUUCCUGACGCCUCUCUUCAUGAGUAAGGGGACGCUCUCUGCUUCCCUUCAACCACAUGCUGGUUUUAAAACUUUUGUUUGUUUUUUGUAUUCCCUUAAAUUUAGACUGCUCUCAGUACGGAUUUCGAUCUGCAUAGUUUGCACAAAAGCACUUGCAUAUUAUAAUGCUGGUGUUAAGAGGAGCAGGAAGCCACAGCAGGGAGGACACCUGGCUGUGGUUUACUCAGUUGGAGGUCUUCUACUUUAAAAAAACUUUUGUUGGUGAUUAUUUUGGGAAUAGACCUCCCGCUGUGUCACAGACUUUGUUACCUGCUUUGUGUUUUACCGCUUUGCUACGUCGAGUCAGCGGAGCGUCACGGAGAGGCAAGAGAAGAUUAUCAAUACGCUUUGAACCGCCGUGUCAGCAGGUCCACAGGCGGUUAGAAAAAUUAGAUUAAUUUGUAUUGAUGGUCGGAGAAUUCGACAUUUAUUCCAGUGUACAUGUUUGUUUUCUCUGCAUGUUCUCUUUCCAUAGACUAACAUGCUUUCCACAUUGCUUCCACUAACAGUAGGUAAAGUUCUGUUCACGUCAAGCACUUCAAUUCGAUGGAAGCUAUCAGUUUAUCAUUAGCUCAUUAUACUGGAUUAGAGUAACGUGACCCUCCACACACACCUUCUCUCAUGACAACACACAGUUUAAAGGUACUCCAAAGUAAAGCAGACACAUGAGGAAAUUAAAUAACUCUCCGUUACCCUUAUCAUACGAACCAGCUAUCUCUACACUGCAAUACAGGAAUAAUGCUGUUUUUCUUUAUUUAUCGCAGUUUUGGCGAUCAUUACUCUGCCUUACUUAUUGGCAGGGACUUGAUUACCUGUCUAAGAAGAAAAGCCAGCUACAAAAAAUCCGCUUGAGACGACGUUUUGUCACCAAAUUGUGAAUUAAACCCGAACUAAAUUAGCUUGCAUUGUUUUCAAAUACAAUGCAAGAUGGAUCUUAGUACAGAAUGCGAAAAGGGUAGCAUUCAACCGUAUCUUUUCAUCCCCGGCCUUUUGAUAUUAUGUUAAUGUUAACGGCACUUCUCACGUAGAAAACCGUGAAAUGAUCGAUAUAAUGAACCUCCUGCGUUCCCCCUCAUUCAUUCUCUCUGUGUGUUCUGUCUGUCGUCCUCCGCAGCGGGGGUCCGGUUCAACAAACAGAUCGAGAACACUGUGCCAGUCCAGCAGGAAAAUAAAUGACAGUUUCACGCUGGAUUUUUGUUUGCUAAUCAUGUUUACAGUGCAUGUUCGCAGAGCGUUUACAUGCAUGGAGACGAUUAUCAGCUGUUUUCAUGUUGGCAUCGUCUUAAUUUCUACUCUUUCCGACAGAAUCAUAAUCAUCGUAAACAAAUGUAUUCACAUAUUCACAACAUGCCGUGUAUUUAAAGGUCUGAUAAUAUUGAUCUGGAUUCAGUUCUCUGGUUAUUAUCAAUCAGUCUUUUUGGCUUUAGGUGAGACGACAUGGGGGAAACCUUACGUCAAAACAAACUCCUUAAUCAAGACAAGCUUUUAAUGCUUUAAUUGAUCAUUUAAAGUCGAUGUUUAUUGCACAACAGAUAGCUUAACAAUGUUAAAUUGGUUCCUCGCUCUCACUAUGCAACUCCUUCUGCCACACUUUACAAACCAGUGAAUGUGUUUUAUCAAUUUCUGUGUCCAAGCGAGAACUCUUUUCCAAUGAACGAAGCAUUGGCUCCAAAUGUUGCUUAAAAUUAAUAAAAUGGGAUUUAAUUUGCCUAAAGCUCAGUGGUUGCGUCGGCAGCAACAACGGAGAGACUCGGUUGAAUACAUCGGAGUAAAUCACUAAUUUAGUCGCGAGUAGAGAGCGUUCUAACCAGUUUUCUUUACUAAUUUGAAGAGAUAGUGGGGAGGGUUUGACACUUAAAAUUGACCUCAUCAGCAUAGUUUGUGUUCAUGUGAACGUAGUGGCAGCAGCCCGUGUUGAAGUGCCAAAAACUGCAGUUAUUAGAACGUCCAUAGGUUAAAAUGCCCAAUUUUACAGCCAAAAUAAACAUAUUUACAACGUGGUACAAAAUCUGUAUUGAUCUCUAUAGCUAAUGUCCCCAUUUCAUGACUGUAUGGGUGCACAUUUUUGCAUAACUCAUCCACUUUUAAAGAUGAUUUGAUUGUUUUAAAGCUUAAAUUGAGGCAUUAUUAGGGUUUGAGUGACAGGUUGGAUUAGCAGGUCUCUUCAGAAACCUGAGGGUGAAUUCACGGAGACGACGUCCAUGUUUUCUACUGUCUAUGAUGUGAUGGUGGCUCUUAUCAUCUCCAAUAUGUGCCUCUUUAAAUGCACUGGUUAACAAGGUAUCUCUCUGUCAUGCCAUCAUCAUCGUAAUACUGUGCAAUUAUUUUCCUUUUUGUACCUAAUUUCAGAGUUUCAUCCCAAAAUGAUGUUUUAAUCCCUGAAGCCAGAAGCUAAAUAGGGGCUUAACGUGGAUAUAUCAUUUUGGUGUGAAACAUAACGUUGCUUUUGUGGCUCGAAUGGGCCGAAAAUGUCUAAAUAAAUGUCUCUCAAUUAAAGAAAUCAUCUUA